CGCAUGCGUGUUAUAGAGAUGACCCUUAGGACGGAACCCCUCCUCGCUGUAAACAAGUUGACUGGACUUGACUUUUAAUGCGCGGCUGUGUGGGUCGGCGGAAGUCUAGGUCUGGUCGGUCCUUCCGCCGCUGGCUGCGCUUCUCUGUCAUAUCGUCCCAGGAGGAAGCCAUGAUGUGGGGCGGUCUGCUCUUCGUACUGACGGUGUCAGUCGCGUGUAUUGCAGCCAAUAAGCCUCGCCAGCGAUGCCAGUCUAUAAAGAUGGACAUGUGUAAAGACGCAGGCUACAGGAGAACCAAGUUCCCAAACCGUCUGGGUCACCGGAAACAAGACCACGCUCAAAGGGACGCCGUUAACAACCUCGUUGACGUCAUCGUCAGGAGCGAAUGUUCGCCACAUAUCAAGAGACUGGCGUGCCUGUUAUACGCGCCACCUUGCGAUAAUUUGGAGGACGACACCGGCCUUCCAGUGUAUCCCUGCAGGAGUCUGUGCCAAGCUGCGAAAGACGACUGUGUACCGUGGUUCGCGGAGAUCGGGUAUAUCUGGCCAGGGGUCUUCAACUGCUCCCAGUUUCCAGCCGAAGGGAAAUGCAACGGAUAUGACGAGACCAGGACAUCCUCGCAAGAUUUUACUAGGACAUGCGAGCCUAUCACCAUCCCAUUGUGCGGCGACGUGAGCUACAGCAGCGCUGGCUACCCUAACCACCUGGGUCAUCGCGAUCAAGAGAAAGCAGGCCUCGAGGCUCACCAGUUCUGGCCGCUUGUGAAAGUCCAGUGUUCCCCACAUCUGAAGGAGUUCGUGUGCAGCAUGUACGCGCCACCUUGCGACUUGCAGAGAAACACCACCCCUCCUCUGCGGCCAUGCAGGAGUCUGUGCCUAGCCGCCAGGUCUGGAUGUGAGGACUUGAUGAGCAAGUUCGGGUUCAGAUGGCCGGUGGCGCUAGAGUGUGACUCACUACCGACCAAAGAGGAGGAAGACUGUUUUGGACACAUUUCUACUCCUCCUCUCCCAACAGACUCCAUUCCAAAAGAUAGAUGCGAGGACAUCACCAUACCAUUCUGCCAGGAUAUAAAGUACACCAAAACGCGAUUCCCACUCGCAGGGAGGAACAUCCUCCAGAAUCAGCAAGAAGCAAGCCGGGAGAUCGAUCUGUUUUUGAGCCAUGUUGACAGAAACUGCUCCCCGCACUUGAGGCAAUUCGUGUGUCACAUGUAUACGCCACCUUGCGGAAACGAUGACAUACCACAGCUUCCUUGCCGCGGCCUGUGCGAGGCAGUAUGGGAUGCGUGCAAUGUCUUCAUCGCGCCCUGGCCAGAAACCCUCAACUGUGACUAUCUACCGCUUGAUGAAUCGGGUACUUGUGCCAGGCUUGUUGAGCCUACAAAGGCGCCGCCUCGCGUGUCAUCAUCUGAGCUCUUGGAAACCCUUCUCCGGGACUACGACAGAAGGAUACGUCCAGACAUGGGGCAAACCACCGUCAACAUCGGACUGACAUUGCGAAGGAUCCUGAAACUCGUAUGA